CAAGUGCCACGCAUGCUCGACGUCGGGUCAAAUAUCCGGUCCGUGCGCUGUAAAGUGGCAGGUUUAAUCCGUAGUAGCACCUACAUGUCACGACAACCAACCCAAGAUGCCGGAUUGGGCGCAAGAUUAUGGCCAAGCGCAGAGAGAUAUGUCUCGCUGCCGUCGCCGUCUUCAUCGCCUGGGGCUACCUGACACACUGGCAGCCCAAGCUGCACUAUCUGCCCCAUGCCUUAGUCGCCGGCGUUCUCGCGGCCCUCGCCGGGCUAGCAUGGCUGACGCUCACGACUGCGUGGAGGAAAGAGCUGCGAGAGGGCGGGGAGGUCGAUUACGGGCCGCGCCAUGUUGCCUUUCUGGCGCCGGAGAAGUGGAGGGCUGAGAGGGAGGCGUUGACCAAGAGGAACAUGUACAUGAUGGAGCCACUAUACCCCGCGUCCUUUAUUGUCUCGGACAGCCUCGACGUGCUGGUCGGCCUGGUGCUGCGCGACUUUGUCAAGAGCUGGUACGGUAGCAUCAGCAAGAGCCCCACGUUUGUGAACGAGGUCGACCGGACGGUGCGCGCGGCGCUGGGCGAGAUACGCGAUCGCAUACUGGCAGUCGACAUGGUCGAGACGGUCGUGGCGCGCAUGAUCCCUCUGAUCACCGACCACUUGCGCGCAUCCUACGAGGCAGAGCGCGUCGUGCGCGGGCGCAAGCUGUCGCGCAACGUCACCGAGUCGGAAGAGCUGGAUCUGGCUAUUGCGGCCAAGUACAAGGAGGGUCGCCUGCAUCCAGCAGCGUCGUUGGCAUAUUCCAACACGACGUCCAUACAGCAGCAACACCUGCGCAGUGUCGUAGCUCGCCUGCUGCCCAAGAUCAUGCCUAGUAAUAUGACCACCAGUCCUGCGGUCAAUAUCCUCAUCAAGGAGAUGGUGGCUUGUGCAGUCUUGUCGCCCGUGAUGCACAUGUUCGCCGACCCCGAUACGUGGAACCAGUUGAUGGAAGGAUACGGACGAACGUUGUUGCAAGAACGAAAGACCGUCCGUAAGCUUCGCGCAGCACUCGACGAACAUGCGCCAGCCUCCCCGAGAACCCCAAAGGACUUCCAGUUUCCCAAGUUGGCGCCUGGUGAUAACGAGAGGAAGUUUGAAAAGUUCAUCAGAGCUAUUAGACAAACCAACACCCUCGCAGAUGCUCGCCGCUUUCGCAGCGAGAUUUCAAGUCAACUACGGAAGGAUUCCGUGGUCGAGGGCCAGGACCCAGCCUAUCUCCGGCGUCUGGAAACGGCGCGACAGAUUUUGGAUUCGAAAGUCACCAACCUCAGUGCUGGUGGUUCUGUUCGGGCAAAGGUCGCUGCCCAAGAAAGGCCCACACACAAGCGGACAGCGUCCAGACUUGAGAAUGCGUCUCUGCGAGAGGUACUUUACAAUGCCUCGGGCCUUUCCUGUUUUAUGGAGUUUAUGGACCAAGCAAACCUGAUGCGUCUGGUGCAGUUCUGGAUAGUCGUGGAUGGGUUUCGGAAUCCGUUAGAGGUUGAUACGGACGAGCCAUCUGAGCAUGUAGGCUCGUUGCCCGCUUGGUCAGACUCCGACCGCGCAGAUAUUGCUCAGAUCAACGAUACGUACCUAUCGAAGCCAGAGCUCAAAAUACUUCCAGAGGCACGGGAGGCGGUCGCCCAGUUCCUCAAAUCAGGUCGGGCGGCGACGCUUCAGCAGUAUCACAGCGCACGACGCGCCAUACUACAAGCGCAAACAGCUGCCUAUGACCAACUUCAAGAACCACACUUCAGAAGAUUCAAAAGGUCAAACCUCUACUACAAGUGGUUGGCAAUGGACGAAGCUGCAAACUCUGAGAGGAGCACCGUAAAAACAAGCACAGUGGCGCGAACGCUCGACAACCCGGCUUUAGCAGCGCCUAUGAUGGCUAGAACGCAGUCGGGACAGUUGAGCUCUUCACAGCGCGGAGAUCUUCGUAGAGCAGUUGCCUCAUCGUCAGAUAUCAAGAGUCAAGCGAGGAUUAGGGACUUCGAGCCGCCCUCGCGACGCUCACUGGACGUACAGACGCCCACGGCUCCCAGAGCAUCUCUAUUCGACGAUGACUACGACAAUGAUCCCUUGGCACAGUCAACCGCGAGCUUGGACUCGGAUUCGGGACAUGUCCGACCAAAUGGAAAUGACUCGCAGAUUGUUGAUGCUAUGCAGGCUGCCCUGAAUGACAUAUUAGACGAACCCGAGGGCUCUCUCUUUUACGAGCCAGGAUUACAUUCGUCUCGAGACAACGAUUCAAUGCGAGGUUCUAUGGAUUUACCAAGAGCUCUGUCUCCAAACCCGCUGUUACAACAGGGAAGGGAGAGGCCGAGCAUUGCGUCAUUGGGACUUGUCGGUGCGCCCAGAACGCGUGGCGUUUUCAACGAUGAUCUGUUUGGGGAUGAACAAAAGUUCUUGGAAGAUGAGAUUGACGACCCAGAGCCCAGCAGUAAGACAGGAGACGAUGAGAUUCAUGAAGCAGCCCCAGGAGACCUUGGCCUUGCGGAGGCCAUCGAUGCGCUCACGGCUGAUAUUGAACGCUUGGUCUCGCAGGAGUCGAUCGUGGAUUCGCUGACUUCAAAAGCCGAAUUGACAAACAAUGCGGCUGAACUGAGGAUUCUGCGCAAGUCGAAAGCUAGCUUGCAAAGGGAGAUACAGAGAAAGGAACUCCAACGGCAACAGUAUAUCAUUCAAGAGAGUGAUAACAGCUUGUAUGGGCGUGCGACAGUGUUCAUUCAAUCGAUCAUGGUUGGUACGGAAGAGGACGGGAAGGAAUAUGCUAUGUAUGUCAUCGAAGUGAGACGCCGUGCUGGUGAUCAGAUGCCUGCCGCUACAUGGGUUAUUUCUCGCCGCUACAGCGAGUUCCAUGACCUCAGCAAGCGGCUUCGUGCAAAGUUUCCUCAAGUUCGGAACCUUGAAUUCCCGCGACGCCAGAUGGUCCUCAAACUUCAAAAAGACUUCUUACACAAAAGAAGACUGGGCUUAGAGAAAUAUCUACGCGAGCUCCUUCUUAUCCCGUCAGUGUGCCGCAGUCUCGAACUCCGUGCCUUCCUCUCCCAAGCCACCAUCAAUCCCACCGACGCGACAUCUUCUCAAAAUCCCAACCCAGAUGACUUUGUGACCCGCAUCUACAACUCCGUCGCCGAUGGCAUGGAGGAGUUUCUCGGCAACAUUCCUGUCCUCGACCAGCUAUCCGUUGCAGGGCAGAACUUGAUUUCCGCCGCGACUACACAGCUCGCCAACACCAACCAAUCCAGCAACGGCACCAGCAUAAUUCCCAGCACCGACGCCGAAGCCGAAGCCGAGCUGCUAGCAUUCGAGAACAAGGAGCUAGAACCGUUUGUCAAACCAAUCUGCGAUCUCUUCCUUGAAACCUUUGAGCUCAAUCGCGAGAACAACUGGCUACGAGGCCGCGCCGUCGUCGUCGUACUGCAUCAACUUCUCGGCGGGACUAUCGAGCGCAAGAUUCGUGAAUCCUUCAACAGCUUCCUUUCUGAGGACAAUGUUGCGCGGUACGUGGAUGCACUCAAGGAUUCCAUGUGGCCGAAUGGACGCAUGAAGGCCGGUGUUGAGAGGACGAGUCAAGACAAGGUGAGGAGUAGGAAAGAGGCGGCCGCGGUGCUGGAGGUGCUUGUUCCCGAGCUGGCGAGCAGUGUGGUAGGGAGAGGCAAUGCGCAGAUGGCAGCGAGGAGACUGGAGGGGUGUCUGAAUAAUGCAAGGCUGAAUACGCAUCUUGCUUUUACGCUCAUGGAUGAGAUGGUUCAGGUUCUGUUCCCAGAUGUUGGGGUUAAAUGAUGUGUCUAUGUAUGCAUUAAUGGCGUUUUUGGGACGUGUAUGGGACAUGAUACUCGUAGUGGUGUUCUGUUUGUGGUGGAAGCCAGCCGUAUUCAGAAUUGAUCUCAAUAUAUCGAUGAAAUUUCAUCGUUCUACUGCAAG